AGUUUAUGUUUUAUUUCACUCUCAAGAAUUAGCACUGCUGCUGGUAUCACAAUCCCACAUGAUCGCGAAACCAUAACUCGAUACACCCGAUAAUGCCGUCAGAAAUGCCCGAUAUGCAGAAGUUGCCCGGUAGGGGCGACAGCGACUGAUUUCGUUUGAACACAAGAACGGCAACACAGGCGUUGAUAGUAGAUAAUAGCUCACCUGAAGUGUUGUUUAAUACACGGGAAUGUCAAUAAAAGUCUUUUGGAAGCAAUAUUAGUAUUGCAUAUAUGUUAUUGUAGACAUUUAAUUAAAGUGUUUUUAUUUUCAGUGAAGAUGGUAAGGUCAAAAAUGUUGCAUUGCAGAUCCUUGUGAUGUUCGGCAGUCAACUAAUCAAAUGCGAGAUAUUUCUUGUAAUUACCAUGGUAACGACGCUUUCAUCAUUGCCAAAUUGCAACAUCUCGUAUCACAACACGUAAAGUGUGAGAAAAUGUAAACAUUUUCCAUAAAAUUUGAUAACUUUUUGCAACUUGAAAACAUGCAUAAAAUGUGUACAAAGUGGGUAAUAAGUUAGAAGAGUACAGAAGUGUAUAGCAGCGUGUUUGAAGAUCCGAAAUACUUAAAUAAUACACAAGAAUGCGUGUAUUAAGUAGAAUGUUGAUAAGUUGAUAAAAGUUUACGCGAAUAGAUCUCGUUACAAUUACGAGAUCGUAAGAUCAAAUGUGUAAGAUAUAUAUAUGUUAGAAACGCCCAAAAGUCUGAACAUUCAAACGGACAGGUUAUGAGCAAUACAUGUCAUUUUUAAGUCAUCGAUUUUUAAACAUCACUGCGUCUUCUGUAUAGUUUGUAAAGCUUUUUAACACUGCAACAAUGUCGUCUCACCCCAGUACAACUGAGGAAAUAAAAACGGUAGGAGACUUGCCGGUGGAGAAGAUUGACAAAACAGAAGAUUACCGCAUUUAUGCAGCAAUUUCUUAUUUUGUCAUUCUUAUUGUAAUUGGCUUACCAUUAUGGUGGAAGACUACAGAAGUUUAUCGAGUUCCUCUCCCAUACACAAGAAUCGCAGCCCUAAAUGAAAGUGAUUUUGUUUUAGUUACUAAUGUGACAAUUGCAUCUUUGGAUAUUGAUAGAGGAAAACAGCUAGCCAGUGAUUUGGAUAACUUCUUUAAGACUUCUAAGUUAUUUAAAGUUCAUUUUGUGGUCACACAAGUUCAGAAGCAAAUUCUUGCUUCUGCUCAAAGCAUUCAAUCUCUGGAAUUGAGUUCUGUCAGUCGCAGGCAGGCAGGAGAUAUUUUAUUACUGGAAGUUCCAGGACUACCGCGUUUCACUCCGAGCCAAGUACUGGUUGGCAGGCGAAGAAUUGUUUAUUUUGCCACUGAUACAAGUUCUGUGAAAUUAACAGAGGUUCUUCAGCAGUGGCUAUUCCAAGAAGAAACUCUACAACGAAUGAUCUCAUCCAUGGUCUCCCCAACAAAGUCAGAACUUGAUUUAGCUGGGCGGCGGCGGAUGCCCACAGCUUCAGCUUAUGAUGUCAUGGUUACUAUAGUGAAUCCUGAUCCAGAGAAAGUGCAGUUAAACUGGGAUUUGCAGGAAGCAAUUGAAAAUUUCCUGUCUCCGUUUCUGAGGAAUUUGGCUCCGCUUGCGGAUUAUAAUGUGAAGUCUCAGUGGCUGUACUUCGUGCCACUGCAAGUACAGCCCAAACUAGUGCCUGAACAACCUGGUAUGAGAAAACAUUUUGCACUUUCUGAAGAAUUAUUGCCUCAUAUAAUAACUCCCUUGGAGAAGAAACUUGGUGAGUUGUUCUUCAGAUUUACUAAAUACUUGCAACUAGUUAAA